UAUAAACCCCAGCUAAGAGUCUACUCAUUUUACUCUGGGCUGGAGGAGCGUCAAGGAUUCAAGCAUGAAGCUCCUUUUUCUGUCUGCCUUUGCACUCUUUGUGCUUUUCACCUUUGAUUAUGUCAACUCCUCAGCUUAUGACAAAAUAGUUUCCCACAGCCGCAUCAGGGCAAGAAAGGAAGGACCCAACGUCUGUGCACUUCAGCAAGUUAUGGGGACAAAGAAGAAAUACUUUAGCACUUGUCGUAAUUGGUACCACGGGUCCAUCUGCGGAAAGAAAGCGACUGUGCUGUAUGAGUGCUGUCCAGGAUAUAUCAAACUUGAUGGCAUGCCAGGCUGCCCUGCAGUUGCUCCUAUUGACCAUGUGUAUGGGAGUCUGGGUCUAGUUCAGGCCACCUCAACCCAAAAUUAUGCGGACAUUUCUAAACUUCGACCUGAGAUUGAGGGACCAGGAUCCUUUACUUUCUUUGCUCCAAGCAACGAUGCCUGGGAGCUGUUAGAUGAUACAGUAAGGAAUGCACUGGUCAGCAAUGUCAACAUUGAACUUUACAAUGCACUGCAUUAUCACAUGGUCAACAAACGCCUACUGACCAAAGAUUUAAAGAACGGACUGACCCUGACUUCUAUGUACAAUGAUCUUGGUCUCUAUAUUAAUCAUUAUUCCAAUGGGGUGGUGACUGUGAACUGUGCAAGGAUUAUCUAUGGUAACCAGGUAGCAACCAAUGGAGUCGUCCAUGUCAUUGACCGUGUCAUCACUAGUGUUGGAAGCACUAUUCAGGAUUACAUUGAGGUUAACGAUGACUUGACAACCUUGUCUGAAGCAGCUGAGAAGGCUGGACUGCUUGAAAAACUGGGUCAGCCAGGACACUACACUCUCUUUGCUCCCACCAAUGACGCUUUUGAUAAGAUUGAUGGUGAUUCCAUGGAGAGACUUUUGGGUGACGACGAUGUCCUCAAAGCUCUUCUGAGUUUCCAUAUCCUGGACUCAGUCCAGUGCUCUGAGGCCAUCAUGGCUGGAACUUCUUAUGAAACCCUGGAGGGAAACACCAUUGAAAUUGGCUGCGAUGGAGAGAGUUUAACGGUUAAUGGAGUCAAAAUGGUGCUCAAAAAGGACAUAGUCACUACCAACGGUGUUAUUCACCUCAUCGAUCAAGUGCUAAUUCCAGACUCAGCUAAGCAGGUAAUGGAACUUUUGGGAAGUUCCCAAUCAACAUUUGGUGACAUGAUGUCCGAGCUGGGCAUUUCUGCCGACAUUAGAGCAGACGCUGAAUACACCUUGUUGGCUCCUCUAAAUGACGUCUUUACUGAGGAACUGAUGGCAAUGGAUCAAAGGGACCUCAGGAUCAUCCUGGAGAACCACAUCAUUAAAAAUAAGAUUGGCCUUGGACAACUGUAUAAUGGCCAGCAGCUGGAGACCAUUGGAGGAAAAAUUCUCAGGGUCUUCAUUUACCGCACGGCGGUCUGUAUUGAGAAUUCCUGCCUCAUAAGAGGCAGCAAAGAAGGGAGCAAUGGAGCCCUUCAUGUCAUGAGGACGACGUUGAAACCUGCAGAAAAAUCUAUGUUUGAGAUUCUGACUGAAAACGGAAGUUUUAAGAUCUUUUUGUCUCUAAUGGAAGCUGCUCAAUUGACAGACCUGCUCAAACAGGAGGGAGGCUUUACUCUGUUUGCCCCCAGCGAUAAGGCGUUUGCUGCUUUGACUGAAAGAGAUGUGAGAUUGCUGAAAGGCAACCUUAAUGCUCUUAGGACAAUUCUUCUAUAUCACUUCAGUAAUGGUAUUGUCAUCGGAGGCGGUUUGGAGGCUCGCGUGACAAAUCUUUUAAAAUCUCUCCAGGGAAGCAACCUCAAACUAAAAUAUGCAGAUGAUGCUGUGCAAGUCAAUUCUGUCGUACUCCCAGAAACCGAUAAAAUGGCCACAAAUGGUGUUAUUCAUUUUGUCGACCAAGUCCUGUACCCUGAAGAUAUCCCUGUAGGGAGCCAGGAUCUCCUGUCGAUACUCAGGAAACUCAUUUCUUACAUCCAAAUCAAGUUCGUGUCAGGAUACACUUAUCAGGAAAUACCACUUACAUUUAUGAAGAGGAUCAUCACCCGUGUUGUCCAACAAACUCCUGAAGUGAGAAAAAUCACAAGGGUUAUUGAAGGGCAGCCCACCUUCACUAAGGUUACUAGGGUGAUUGAAGGGGAACCGUCUAUUACCAAAGUCACCAGAGUCAUUGAAGGGGAUCCAUCUUUUACCAAAGUCACCAGGGUUGUCUCAGGGCCUCAGUAUUCUGUCAGUUCAGGCACCACAAACAUUGCAGUGGACGGACUUGACCUCUCAAGAAUUACUACCAUUGAAGGGAAUGCUGAUCUAGACUCUGAUCAACUUCGCAGGCUGAUCCAAAAAGGAAGACCUAAUCCAAGAAAAGGUAUAGCUGGAAACAGGAGGAGGGGGAACUAAGGCUGGCCGGAUGACGAUAUCUUCCUGGUGAAGUUAUACUUGGUGGCUGCAAGUGGUUUCCUACAGAAGAUCUGAAGUGUCGGUUUCCGAUGACGACAGCACCUGCUAACCACAAAGAACUGUUCUUAUAAACUCUUAAUUUUAAUGGUGCUUUAUUUGUAUAUAGAUUGAAACUUUAAGUUCGUUGAAUGUUAGCAGUUCAAAUGAACAAUUUUCUGUCAGAUUUAAAAAAAAAUCUAGUCAUUCCAGUGAACAUCAGGUCAGUUUAUCGUAACAAAAAAUGUUUCUAACUUUUUCAUGACUUUGAAAGAUGUGAAUCUUGGA